CUUGACCAAGUCUGGUGUCAUAUCAGGUGUUCUUUUCUAAAGCACUUACGCCACAGCAGUGGAGGAGGAAGGUCACAGUUGUAUGAGUAACAGAGUUGAGGACAUUGAGUUUAGAGUCGUUUGGAUCUGAUGGAAAACUGGGCCACAAUUUCAAUUUGCCAUCCAGGAACCACCUCUGCGCUCAGGCUGGGUUUAUUCAUCAGAAAGAGAGAAGUGUAAUCUUAUGACUUUUGAGGAAGACUUAUGGGGGAGGGGUAAUAUAUGAUUUGAAGAAGGUUUUAUUCAAGCCUUAUUGCUCUUGGGUUAGAAUUUUUAGAACAGAAUACCACACACUGCAUCAGGUGUAAAAGCUUUACGGUUUGACUACACAUUAGCAUCAUUCUCAUCAGAGUAUCACAGGAAUCCAGGAUUGGAAUCUAAGCUUUGGAGGUGGAAACUGGAAUCUCAUCUUAUUUACUGAUCGCACCAAGCUUUUUGUAGCCAUGGAGGAGAGAAGAAGGCUGCCCUACAAAGUGGACAGGGAGUUCCUGGAUGAAGGCGCUCUGGAUGAGAUAGGAGAGAAGAACGAAUCCAAACCAUCUCUGUUAAACAAGAUAAAAGGCUCACUGAGGUGUAAUGGUCCCCGGGUGAAGAGCUGUAUGCUGGGGACCUUUCCUGUUUUUUCCUGGCUGCCUCGUUACAAAUUCAAAGAGGAUGCUUUGGGUGACUUGAUCUCAGGAAUCAGUGUGGGGAUUGUGCAGCUCCCACAGGGUAUGGCCUAUGCACUGCUGGCAUCUGUUCCUCCGGUAUUUGGUCUUUACUCCUCCUUCUACCCAGUUCUCAUUUACUUCAUUUUUGGAACAUCAAGGCACAUCUCAGUUGGAACAUACGCAGUUAUGAGCGUGAUGAUAGGAGGGGUGGUCGACCGACAUGCACCGGAUUCAGACUUUGAGAUCUGGGACAAUGUGACCAACUCCAGCAUCAUCGACAUUGUUGCUCGAGAUAAAUACCGGGUCCAAAUAGCAGCUGCAGUUACUCUUUUAUCUGGUGUGUUUCAGAUUCUUCUUGGCGUGAUCCAGUUUGGGUUCGUGGUGACCUACCUGUCUGAGCCCCUCGUCCGAGGUUACACCACAGGAGCCGCCAUCCACGUCGUUGUUUCCCAGCUCAAAUAUGCCUUCGGUAUCGAUCCAAACAGAUACAGUGGACCUAUUUCCUUGAUUUAUACGGUGCUGGAGAUCUGCUCUCUCCUUCCGCAAACAAAUAUUGGCACAUUGGUGGUCAGCAUCAUCACCAUUGUUUGCCUCGUCGCUGCCAAGGAGUUUAAUAUAUGGUUGAAGAAAAAGAUACCUGUUCCACUUCCCAUUGAGCUAAUUGCUAUCAUCAUUGCCACAGUUAUCUCUUGGAAGGUUAAUCUAGAGGAAAGAUAUGGAGUGGAUGUAGUGGGAGAUAUUCCCUCUGGUCUCCAAGCGCCUGAAGUUCCUGCAGUCUCCCUCUUCGGCCAUAUAAUCGGGGAUGCCUUUGCCCUUGCUGUUGUAGGGUAUGGCAUUGCUAUCUCUCUUGGACGAAUAUUUGCACUCAAAUAUGGUUACAAGGUGGACAGCAACCAGGAGCUACUCGCCCUCGGCUUGAGCAAUUUAGUUGGAGGAUUUUUCCAGUGUUUUGCCAUCAGCUGCUCAAUGUCUCGCACUAUGGUCCAGGAAAGCACAGGAGGACGGACCCAGGUUGCUGGAGCUCUGUCAGCGGUGGUUAUCCUUAUCAUCACUCUCUGGAUUGGAACUCUCUUUGAAGAUCUGCCCAAGGCAGUGCUGGCUGCCAUCAUCUUCGUUAAUCUCCACGGUAUGCUGAAGCAGUUCUGGGAUAUUCCCGCCUUGUGGAGAAGCAAUAAGAUCGACAUGCUGGUGUGGAUUGUCACCUUCAUCUUUACUGUGUUGUUGAACCCAGACAUUGGACUCGCUGCCUCCAUCGCCUUCUCUUUACUCACUAUCAUCUUCAGGACACAGCUACCCAAGUACUCCCUGUUAGGACAGGUGGCAGACACGGAUAUUUACAAACCAGUGGAGGAAUAUGGUCUGGCGAGGCAGGUGCCAAGAAUUUUAAUCUUCCGCUCUUCUGCCACCCUCUACUUUGCCAACGCUGAGAUGUACCAAGAAGCUCUGGCAGAAAAGACUGGAAUUGACAUCACAAAGAUCCUGUCAAUAAAGAAGAAGAUGGAGAAAAAACGUAAAAGACAUGAAAAGAAAAUGGCCAAGAAGGCAAAGAAAGAGCUAAAAAAGAAGAAGAAGCAGAAGACAGACAUACAGCAGCAGGAGGAGUCAGCAGAGUCGGGAGAGUCAGACUCCGACCACCAGAGGCAAAUCGCCACAAUCGAUGUGGACGAUGCUCCUGACCCCACCCUGCCCAAAGCCAUCAUCCUUGACCUUAGUCCUGUGAACUUCCUGGAUACAGUGGGGGUCAAGACAAUAAAAAGCAUUUGGAGAGACUAUGGAGAAAUCAACAUUGAGGUUGUUCUUGCUUGCUGCCAGAAUGGCGUGGUGCAGAGCCUCCAGGAUGGAGGGUUCUUCAACGACAAAGUGACAAAGUCCUGCCUCUUCAACACUAUUCAUGAUGCAGUUUUGUACUGUCAGUCUGAAAAACCAAGGCGCCAAAGUUAUGAAGACUAUGAAGAAGACAGUGAAGAAGAGGAUUUGAAAGAAACUAAUUUCUAAGUCCUAAAAGAAGAGACGGAGGAUGUGACAGAAACUGGGAAGCAGGAUUUCAUCCAGACAGCUUGAAAAUUCUGGAACACCCUGUUUCAUAAACAUACAGUGGAAAACAAAUACAGGAUAUUUUUUUUUCUACAGAAUGUAUUUUCUUGAAAUUGUAUAAGGCUGAAUAUAGGCAUUUUACCUCCAUGACUGUAUUUCUAUGUUGUGUUAUUUGCUAUUCUUUAUGUUGUACUGAAUUGAUUUAAACACUAAGUUUUGUGUAAAUGUGGACAUAUGUGUCCUGCUGUUUUAUGUGAUCAGUAUGAAGUGUUUCUUUAAGUCUAAAGUGAUCCAUUGUACUUUAAUCUCUUAAUUUAUGGAUGCAAAAAAUAUGUCAUAUUAAAAAUAUUUGCUAAUGUGCAAGAGCAUCAUGAUAGAUCAUUUUACAUUUUGAAAAUAUGUCAGGCAGUCUUAGUUUGGCACCAUAAGUGGAGAAAAAAAUAGAAAAUCAGUGGUGGUUCUAGACUAUAUCUACUAAGGGUGCCAGGGAAGGGCCAGUGUUUUUCCAUUAGGCAACAAAACAAAAUAAUGAAAUCAUAAAUUUUUUAGCCACAUAGCCGAAUAUCUUCUUGCUUCUCUGGAGGUGCAUGUUGCAGAUAAACCCCUGACCAAGCAGAGGAGAACUGGCGUCUCAGUACAUCUGCAGUUUAAAGUGCAAGACCUGCAUUUGAAUCAGCAUUAACACUGAUCUAAAGUGCCCUACAAAAAUUAUCAUAUUUCCAGAACCUUUCCCAAUUUCUCCACUCUCCAGUUACAAAUGUUAAUUUAAUUAGUUGAUUAAGAAUUUAUCUAAUCUCCCAAUGCAAUAUAGCUCCUAAAAGUGCCAGGAAGACAUUAUGUGGCUUCUGUAUAUUUCAUGAACAAAAAUGUGUAAAGCAUGGAAUGCGUUUGCAUUCAGUUCCCUUGGGUCUAUACUUUGUAGAUACCACUUUUACAGAAUCUAUGUAACCAUGUUCUACAAAAUAUAAAGAUUAUAUAUGAGAUAUAG